AUGGCUGCUUUGUUGAACUGUGCCACUAUUUCACCGCUCAUACUAUUCAAGUGGUCACGGGAUGCAGCCCCCCUGCCCAUUCAGUGCUUGAUGUACUCCAGUUUGGUUGAUGAUCGAGACAAGCCCCCAGUACUCUGUAACGUUGAGCGCGGAUUUUGGUCCUUGUUGUUGGCAGUUUCUGAGGGAUUGGUGUCUGCUGAGAGCAGGCUUAUUCUCUUUCUCAAAUUGUAUAGGUCAGAAAUACAGGCAGCUGCGCAGCCUAACCAUUUGAGGCCCUGGUUUGAAGCCAAUGUUCGAUUGAAACCACCCAAAGGUGGGCAAGGCUCCUCCAUCGAGACCACCUCAGAAACCCCUCAAGAGGAGGACAAGAACGCUAUCACCGUUGCACCCAUUGGUGAGGAGGAAAAACCCGAAGUAUUGUCGCAGCGAUCUUCACCAACCUCUGUAGUAGCAGCGAUCGAUUUUGGAGACGACACUCAAGAAGACCCAGCUGCCGAGAACCUGGCUGCAGUAGCUGGACUUCAACCCAGGAGGCAGAAACUGACAGAGACACUGUUACCAUCACAUGAUGAGGAUGGCGACGUGCAGCUCCCAGAAGAGAAGCCGAAGAAAAAAAAGAGUAGGAGAAACUGGAAGAAGAUGAAGAGCAAGCCCAUGAUCAGUGAGGACAAGUCGGAGGCAUCCGCUGUGCCAGUCCCUCGGAAAAUCCACGAGCUAAACAGCCAAUCCAACCCCAGUGAGAGCGAAGGCACAUAUGUCUGUAUACACAAGCCACCUUGUCUCUGGCUAACGAAGGCAGAACUGGCCAAGCAUGCUGAGAAGGUCAAUGAUGACGAGGACGUCGUCUGGAGGACAAGCUAUUUAGAGGUCAACUCAACAAGAGGGCCUGUAAUGGGGUCUGUACCGCGCCCUAAGCGUCACCCAGCAUUGAUCAUGAAUACAUUGAAAGGGCCGAAGCGCCUGGUAUACAUCGAAGUUUACAGUCCUACCACCAAGUGCUGGGAGAGAUUUAGUGUUGAUUGCCUGAAGGCAUCGGACCCCUUUGAUCACAAUAUUAUGAAAUCUCUGCUUGCCUGUAGAAUGGACUCACCUGGCAAACAUCCCCCUCCCUGGGUCAAUUGCACGGACAGGCCUUAUUUUCGUGAGAGGAGUGUCCUGGUGACUGGGGUGCCCACCGACAGGUGCAAUUGGGGAUGGAACGCCUGCACCGUGAUGGGAGCUGGGGGACUUGGAUAUGGAGAUUCCUGUGCAUGGUGCAUUUCGCAGUCAACUGAGCCCGUACGGCACAUAACUGAUGCCACCCCUGAUUCCAUGUUGCCAACCGUGGAGAUCUCUUCUACCCUUCGAACGGUCCUCCAAGAGGGUUCAAAAGGACGCACUGGGAGAGUGCUGAACGCGCUUACCCUGCCAAUGCCCGAUACCACAUUGCAGAGCCCAUUCUUUCAUCAGGCCGCCUCACAUUUGGAGGCGUGUAAAGUCACCCGGUCGAUAGGGACUGAUCUCCUUGCCGCUCCGUUCCCCGCUGCUGCUCUGUCUUGGGGACUGGCUACUGUAGCCGGUGCAGUGACUCCCCCUCACACUGACUAUGGAGGAUCGGCUGUGAAAAUACACUGUCUGGUCGGUAGGAAACUCUGGUUUAUAAUCCGGAAGAGGGAUGAGCCUAGCGAAGCCAUGAGUUGGGAUACAUUCAUUCACGACUUCCAGGCCGAUAGCAAGGUCGACCCAAAUGUGUAUGAAUGUGAAGUGAUAAUUGUCGAGCCAGGCUCUCUUUGGUGA